UUCAAAUGCACAAUUACAAGUAGAGUCAAUUGUUAUAUCUACUGUGACAGUAACUAGACUACUGACCUGGAUGAGAAGCCAGGUGCAGGAUGCUGUCGUUGCUGAUAUAUCACGGCCGUCGUCCUGCCAGCAUUCAGGUCAUAGCACGAUUAUGUAGCUCCAAUGCUACAACACCAGUGUCGGAUGUUCGAGUACGUUUCGCACCAAGUCCAACUGGGGACCUGCAUCUUGGAAGUUUGCGAACAGUGCUGUUCAACUACGCGUUUGCAAAGAAAAAUAAUGGAACAUUCAUUCUCCGAGUGGAAGACACGGACCAGAAACGGUCUGUACCCGGUGCAGUGGAGCGUAUGAUGGACAUCUUAAAAUGGGUGAAGAUGAUGCCUGAUGAAGGUCCUGGCGUUGGUGGAGACUAUGGUCCAUACAUCCAGUCUGAACGUACCAAACUCUAUCGGCAAUUUGCUGACAAGUUACUCCAGGCUGGCAGUGCGUAUCCAUGUUUCUGCUCCGCUGAGCUACUAGCUGAGAAACGCCAGCAAGCACUGGCGAAUCGGAGUGAGGUGCAGUACGAUGGCACGUGCCGUCACCACACAGACGCAGAGCGGGCAGAGAGAAUAGCGCACGGCGAGCCUCACACGAUACGAAUGAAGGUGCCGGAGGAUUUCAGUGUGGAGCUAGAUGACCUGGUUGUGGGCAAGCACACCUUCACAUCACAGAUUAUGGGUGAUCAGGUAUUGCUGAAGGCAGAUGGGUUUCCUACGUACCACCUUGCCAACGUUGUUGAUGAUCACCUCAUGCAGAUCAGCCACGUCAUUCGUGGAAAGGAAUGGGUGAGUUCCACCGGCCUGCAUCUCCUACUGUACAGCGUACUGGGCUGGACACCACCUCGCUUUCUUCACCUGCCACUCAUUGUGAAAGAAGACGGUAGGAAGCUGUCAAAGCGUGAUGCGGAUUCCUUUGUUUCUUACUACAGGGAGGCUGGCUAUCAGCCAGAUCCCAUACUGGCCUUCAUCAGUGGUUUAGAGAUGUACGGCCAGGGCUGCGAAGGCAAACGUCUCACUAUGGAAGAGCUCCUGGAGAAUUUUACGCUAGACACGCCGAGUGACAUCAGGCUGGUGCACGAUAGCCUGCCCAUCUUCCAGAUGAACCAUGUCCGCACUGCGCUCGACACUCCGUCUGCCUAUCGAGAGGAGCUCGUUGAUGAAUUCCGUCGACUGAUGCGGAGUGCACUUUCCAGCAGCUCAUCAUCCGAUGACGUUGCUGAUGAGCGAUGGUCAGAUGAGUACCUUGUGGAAGCACUGAAAGAGCUUGUGAUACGACACGGCACUUUGAAGCAGUGUGCUGAGCAAGGCACCUACUACAUGGUGUCACCGACGUUGACCGCGGAAAAUCUCGCCCACCAAUCCUUCAAAGCGUUCAGCGCCUUGACGUGGAACAGUCUGUGUGAAUCCCUGGAUAGCUUGGAAGACUGGACGGCUGAUCCUAUUCUUGCCGCGAUCAAGGCAGUGUCCAAGCAGCACAAGAUUAAAAUGGGCCGGGUGCUGCCAGCAAUGCGGCUGUGCCUCAUGGGCAUUGAGAGUGGUGUUGGGGUUGCCCCGUUUGCUGCACUGAUAGGCAAGACAGCGACCGUAUCCAGACUGCAUCGUUAUGAAAAGCAGCUACAGCUUGGCUCCUGAUCCACAGUUGUGUGUUAACAUGCCAUGCAGUUCCCUGGUGCUGCUGCUACUGCUGUUUCAGGUCACAAUGGUGGCAAACAUGAUGCUUGCAUCGAGUCGAGGGAAGCCGAGUGACCAAGGCGAUGCACUGCUGCCGAUCCCACCACCUUGCUGCGAGUAUGAGUGAUGUGCUUUGAGCACCGUGCACGCCCGGGUGUAUGUUAGCUGCAGCCCAGAGUGCGCUGCAGCUCAACAGUGCACUCUCCUGGACCCAAUGAGCGGCACUAGCAUGUGAUGUGUGGCUUGAGAUUGCUAGCGGUUAUCACGUAGAUGCAUACCAGCUCGAAUGCGAGUGUGGUGAUCAUUUCUCUCUGGGGAAGAACCCCACGUCACGUGUGUCGCUAGAGUAUGGUCCUAGCCCUAGGUGAUGGUGGGCCAACCUAAGCGAAAGUAUACAACACAUGAUCACAGUUGAUCACGGAGUGGCAAGAGAAAAGGUUAACCGCUUUCUUACAGUAUAUUGGCGGCUGUAUGGCAGUCAAAGACUGAUGCAGUCGUUUUGCAGAGACAUCCACAUCUUUUCCCAAGUCUUCUUGAUUAGUGGAGCACUUUGUCAUCGACACUGCAUUUGAUGGCCCAUUGUUGGCAGCAAUGAUACCAGAGUACGUUUUUACCCAUGUAGAUCUGACAAAUAGCUGACAGUGCCACAUGCAGGUCCUGUUGGCUUUCCGCGUCCCUUUUGUAAAACAGUUUUAACUGUUCAUGUUGUUUUGCAUUUUGCUUUUUACCGUUCAUCUGUCAUGUGUGACUGCCAUCCAUUCGUUAGUCUUCGACGUCAUUCACGUCUGCAGGACAGACAAAGACAGUUGCUCUAUGCCGCAUCUGUUCGUGUAGUUGCGAUGCUUCCAAACACAUAAUGCAAGAGCACAAUAUGUCCAUAGUGAAUUAGCGCCAGUCAGGCUCAGCUCUGUGCAGCCCCAGGCAAACGUGCACCUAGAGUUUCAAAUUGUGGAAUUUCUACCUAUUUUUAUUCUCAUUUUCCUCGUAGAACGGCCACAGAAUUCUGAUAUUUUGCCACGGGGUUCA